UACAGUUACAUAUAUGAGUUUUUUUAGUAUGCUACUGCAAGUCAAAUAUUUGCUUGUUCAUGUAUAAAUAUGAUGUGGUAGCUUUCGAUGUCAGUUCAAACCUGGCUUGUUGUUGGUUAAGAAUUGAUAAAGAAAAUGAAGUUUUACGCUGUGUUGGUUUUGUGUUUGGUUGGUUCAACUGCAUGCAGAGAAAAUGAUCCAAAAGAAAGAAAGAAGCGUAUUAUUGACGCUGCUCUAGCUCCCAUCAUUGGAGGUGCAAUAGUUGCUGGAGCAUCACUCACAGGUACCACUGUGGCUGGAUUAAAAUCACCUUCAUAUACUGUUUCAGUGUCUGGUUCAAUUGAAAACUACAGCAAAUGGUCCAUCCAUUUACGCCAAUGUCAAAUGGCUUCAGGCUACAUGAAUGUCCCAAUGCGAACCAUUAUCCCUGGAUAUCGAGAGGGGUGGGCUAGCCACAAAACUGGAAAUACUGCCACGGGAACCUAUGUGCGAUGUACUUUCCAAGCUAAUAAUGACCUGAUUCAUAUAAUGUACUCUGCUCCAUACUCGUUUGACUUCCAUUCCAACUGGCUUGGUGUGGCCAUAUGUCCAAAGAACAACGGAGAGUGCAAAAGCAUGACGGCAGAUAAAAUGUAUUAUCGGAAGUCUAGCUUUGUUAGCUUGAAGGAAUAUUACCGCAGCAUCAGCCAUUUACGACAGUGCAGAGGGGACUUCUGCUUCACUGGCAUUAUGGGAACAAGUCACAAACCUGAAAUUGACAUCAGAAUUUACCCUCGAAGCUACGACAACCUCUCAUCAGCUGUGCAGGAUUCAUCCGCUAAAGACAGGUGGUCGAAAGGAGAUUAUGAUGGCUUCAUCAAUGGUAUUAAAGAUUAAUCAUGAUAUUUUGUAAGAUAAUGUUUUUCUACAUGAAAAUACAUGUUCGGAUUAAUCAAUUCAA